UAAAUCUGGUGAGAACCAUAUAUGGACAAUGAACAUGAUUAUUGUCUACUUUUCAGCUGUAUCCAGUUACAAGUGCGGAAGUGAAUCAGAAUGAUCUCUUGAUGAGCCCAUCCCUUGCAUUUGAAUGAUGUGUACAUUACAAUACGAUUAAAGACAAAAUUGAAGAAAUAUUUCAAUAUAAAACUGUGACUCUACGUUGUGGAACGAAAUAAUAAGUGUGGAAAUGAAGAAAUAGUCGUUUUGAUCAUAUUUGCUGUAUCCAGAUACAAGGAAGUGAAUAAAAAUGAUCUUGUGAUGAGCCCGUCUUUUACAUUUGAAUACACACGUCUACACUACAAUACAACGAAAGACAUAAAUGAAGAAAUAUUUCAUUAUAAAACUGUGAAUUUACGUUGUGGAACGAAGGAAUGAGUGUUGAAAUGUAGAAAUAGUCGUUUUGGGUCAUAUUUGUUUCAAGUUCAAAUAAAGGCUUCAUCAUUAAAACCAAAGAUUCUUCAUUAAAGUUAGUCAGAGUAUUCACAACAUUAUAUUCUAAACAGGUUUCUUGUUUGAAAAUGACUUCACCACCUCAAAAACUGAACAUUGAGGCAAAUGGAUCUCGUUUAAGUAAAAUUAUGAUAAAUAAAGGAACCCAAGCUUUGAAAACAACAUUGCAAUUUAGUUUUAACUUUCGAUCAUCAAGUUUGAUCAAUGAACUUAAAGAUCUUUCAACAAUGAACAAAUUGACUUUGCUUAAAAACAAAAGGGUCAUCAGCAAAGAGCAAUGGGAGCUUCUUUACCCAUCAAAUGGCUCAUCACCUGACAUUGAAAACUUUGACAUCUCAUUAUUGACUGUCUUAUUGAGAAAUAUUUGUGGUCUAACAGCGCCAUCUGGUGGAUGGGAUAAUCUUCCUUCCUCUUCAGAUACUUCAAUAUCAGCAAAUAUUGCAAGAAUAAAGUUUUAUCGAAACAAAGUGUAUGGUCACAUAACUACAACUAGUGUAGAUGACAGUGAGUUUGAGCAUUUGUGGCAGGAAAUUUCAAAAGCAUUGGUUGGUCUGGGUAUUCAACAAACUGAUAUAGAUGAAGCAAAGAAAGCUCCCCUCAGUCCUGAUGAGGCAAACCAUAUUGAAAUAUUGAAAAACUGGUAUGAAAAAGAACAACAGUUAAUCAAUGUCGGUGAGAAAACCAACGAAAAUGUAAAAGAAUUAAAAAAAGAUUUUGAAGCUAUGAAAAAUAAAGUUGAAGAAAUUAAAGAAAACAUGCCAACAAAAGCUGAUGUAGAAAUGUUACAGGGAAAAACAUGUUCAAAUCUCCAGAAGCUUGCAAAGUGUAAUUUCAAUGGUCUUAUAGAAGAUCUUAACAAUAUAUACCUUGAAAGCACUAGACAAUGGUUAUUUGAAAAACUCGACACUUGGUUUAACGAUAGAAGUGAAGAUUCUUCUAAUGUCAUGAUUUUGAUUGCCGGUCCUGGCGUUGGUAAAAGUGUGUUUGCUGCUGAGGUGUGUCGACGAUAUUCUGAAAAGAAGAAACUUGCUGCUUCUCAUUUUUGCAGGUAUAAUAGAUCAGAUGAGAGGAAUCCUCGAAUGUUAUUAGAAUCAUUGGCUAGUAGCAUCUGUGAUACAAUAUUAGAUUUUAAAAGUAAACUGAAUGAAGAAUUACAGAGAAACCAUUCCUACGAAUCAUUCACCGAUGCAUUCCGUGUUUUAUUAAAUAAUCCAUUGCAUUCAUUGGAAGAUCAUAAACUAAUGCUUUUGGAGUUGAAACACAUAAAUCCUGUGGAAAUUACAACUCGUCCUCGUGAUAAAAACAACGAAGAAGACCUGCACAAGUAUUUCAGACAUCAGUUGAAUGAUCAGGUGCAGGAAGAUCCCUACGUUCUAUUUUCAUUAGUUGAAAAAUGUGAGGGGUCAUUUCUUUACGCUUAUCACGCACAACUGAGCAUAAAGAAAAAAGAAAUGGACUUACAGACGAGAAUAUUAAAAAAUCUGUUCCUACUGGGUUGA